AUGAAUGAGUCCAGGCAGCAGUCUCUGUUCUUUAUCUUACUUCCUGAUUUACACAGACUCUGUUCUGUCCAGAUAACCUUGAGUAGCAAGGUGGCAGAAACUGAGAUUAGGAGUAUACAAAUAAAGAUGUGCAGGCAGUUGCUGCUUUUGCAUGAAGAUAUUCUCACAGCGCCUGUUCCUAGAAUACUAAACCAAAUUUGGGUAGUGAUGUCGAUACCAUUUUUUAAAGCUGGGAAACUUAAUGCCUAUAUUGAAAAAUAUGGAGCUAAGAUGGAGCCUCCACAAAGACUAAUUCCUGCAGUUCUUCAAACCUGCCUUUCGUAUUCACUCACUGCUAGACUUGCUCCAGCCUGGAAUAGAGCAGGUCAUCUCUUGGUACAAGGAAGAGAUUUUCUUUCUCAGAUGGGAAAACAAAGUGCUGUUGUAUUAGACAUCAAUGUAACAGAAACGCAAGUUUGUUUAAGUGUAGAAGUUUGCACUAUCAGAUUGCCACCACCUGAGCUAAAGGAGUUUGGUAUUUGUCAGCAUGUUAUAGAGAAUUUUCAGAACAAUCAGAAUGCUGUCAUUGAGAAACAUUCCAUUUUGAACAACUGGUGCUACAUUUUGCCAAGUAUGAAAAUGGGACAGAUAAUAGAUAUUCUUCAUACCACAUCCCCUGACUGUCCAUUUCAUUCAUUUGAAGAUUUCCAGCGGCACUGGGAUGACCUGUAUGGCUGUAAACUUAAAGAAGAUUGUGGAGAUAUGAAAAUAUACUGCACCAUCUACUUCAGAAUGAUCAAAGAAAGGACCUUCACGUACCCUCUCAGUUGUAUCAGAAGUCAGCCCAUUCAGUUCUUUCCAAGGGUAGAUUUGGAAGGUGUGCUGAAAAACUUUCUUUCAGAUUUAAAAUCUAAACUGCCUCAUAUAUGUGGAUUUCCCAUAAAGAUGACAAAUAAGCCAUGCUACUACACAUGGGAGCUGACCAAGCCUCAUAUACAGGAAAACAAAGUUAAACCACCCAAUCUGACUACUAAAAAAAUUUUCAGAGCUUCUUUGACUCAAGCCACUGUGGUGAAACCCACCUGGGCUCUACAUCUCCCGGGUACAGUAGCAGCAGACCACAAGGUGGAACCUUCUGCCAGCCGGCCACAGUCAGACUUAUUUUCAGUUCCUCACCACCAGCCAGAGUCUUUUCAAGAUAGAAAGCCCCCCAGACCUCCAAAGACACCACAGCUACUUUUGGAGGAGUCAAAGCUCAACAAAGAAAAUACACAAAUUCAAUGUAAAAAUCUUUGUUCACAAAGCAAUAAAGCCCCUACCUUCAUACCAGUAUUCAGAAGUAAAUCAGUACAAAUGAGCAAAAGUACCUCAGCACUUGGCAACCUGAAAAGAAAACAGCAUGCUGUUACAGAACCUAAAUCAUUUUCACUUAAAACUAGUGUAAUCCAGGAAGGCAAACUGAGUUUAGGUCCAGAUAAUAGAAAAAAAACAAAUAGUAACUUUCAAGUACAUUAUAGAAAUUUAAAUCAAAAGUGCCCUAGACCACUUCAAGAAAAAAGUACUGAGUCCUGUGAUUAUAAGACAAAGCACCCUGCUUCUAAUACAAACUUGGCUGUGAGCCUCAUUGAAAGUAAACCAUUCUCUACUAGUGCAGUGGUGCAGAUGUCAGGUAACAGCUUAGGUAUGACAAACAGCACUGUUGACCUCCAAAUGAAAGGAAAAGACAAUUUAGCAAGCAGGUGUAUAACAGAAAUUUUGGGGAAAAGCCACGAGUCACUAAAACUCAAAAGACAGCCACACAUUUUUGAAACAGACGUAGAAACUGAAGAUCCCCAAGUGCAACAGCAACAAUCAGCAAAUCUAAUUAAAGAAGUUGAUGUGGCUGAACACAGGCUGUUAGUGAGCAGAACAGUCCACAAUUGCAGACAAAAAUUAUAUCGGGAGUCUUCAAAAUUUUCUACAAAGCAUCGUUCCAAUACUAUUCAUCAAAGGCAAUCUACUUCUUCUAAGAACCAGGCACCUGACUUGGAUACAGCAAAACCUAAGAAUUCUCUCAUCAUUCCUAAGGCCUACAGUAUGAUGUGA